CGCAAGAACAGCAGCCAUUUGAGAUUCGACGCCACUCCUUUUUCACCAAAUUCCACCGCACGCUCUGUCCCACCCACCGAUUCAUUUCCAGACAAUUGCUUGGCGUUUUCGGUUAUUACCGGAAGAAUCAGUUGAACAAAUUGCCGCGGCGGCCGCACAAUCGGCGGCGUUUUCGGUCGGAGGAAGUUUUGGUUGAAGAAAUCACGUAAUUUAGGGCUUUUUUAGAGGAAAAGAGGUUUGGUGUUCAUCUGAGCAUUUCAGCAAUGGUGGUUUGCUGGAAGAGUUCGAUUAAGCCGAGGCCUGGAUCGGUGGCGGUUCAUCUAAAUGUGUACGAUCUCUCCUCCGUCAAUGGCUACGCUUACUGGCUUGGACUCGGCGUCUUCCACUCCGGCGUUCGUGUUCAUGGAGUGGAGUAUGCGUACGGAGCUCAUGAGUUUCCAUCGACAGGGAUAUUCGAGGCGGCAGAGGCGAAGCAGUGCGAAGGAAUCACGUUGAGGAAAUCGAUAUUGGUGGGAUGGACGAGCAUGAGCCGUGGAGAGGUGAAGGAAUUGAUGGAGGAGCUUGCGGAUAAAUACAGGGGAGAUGCGUACAAUCUCAUCGCCAACAACUGCAACCAUUUCUGCAACGACGCCUGCGUACGUCUCACCGGUAACGCCAUUCCCCGAUGGGUCAAUCGUCUCGCCAGGAUCGGUUUACUAUGCAAAUGUGUCGUCCCAUUGAAUUCGACUAAAGUUGGGAGCAGCAGCAGGAUCGGGGAGAAGGACUGCCAAGUGGAGAAGAAGAAGCUGACAACGGCGAAACAUUCGAGCAGGUUCUUUAAUUCGACUUCUUGUUCUUCGUCUUCUUCUUUGUCGUUGUCUCCUCCCCUCGUCGUCGCGGCAAAGGUAUGAAGGCCAAAAAUUUUGAUUUCACUACAAAAAAUGAAAAAUAAAAGAAAAUGGAAAAGGGAUUGAUUCUUUUGGUUAGAAUGUUAUUUGUUUUUUUUGGUUUGCUUUUGUGUUCAUAUUUUUUUUUCUUCUUCAAAUGUUGUAAUAAAAAGGAGUCUCUUUUGAAGGCACAUCUUAAAGGUAUUUGGUGCCUAAAGGGUCUUGGAUUUUAAUUUUAAUUUUUAUUUUUUAAGAGAAAUUGUUUGUGGUCUUAGAUUUUAUUUUUGUAUCAAACAAUAUUGUACAUUAUAAUGUGAAGAAAGUUCAGAUGUAAUAUUUAUUUAUUUAU